AAUCAUCAUAAUAUUAGUCGGCGUGAUUGUUUAGUGUUUGUUCAAUUAUUUCGUCCGAACAUAAUGGCAUUAGAAACAGUCCCCAAAGACCUGCGCCACCUGAGAGCCUGUCUGCUUUGUUCGUUAGUGAAGACCAUUGACCAGUUUGAAUAUGAUGGCUGUGACAACUGUGAGUCAUACCUCCAGAUGAAGGGGAACCGAGAGAUGGUGUAUGAAUGCACAAGUUCCUCGUUUGAUGGUGUGAUCGCCAUGAUGAGUCCUGAAGAUAGCUGGGUGGCUAAAUGGCAGAGAAUAGGCAACUUCAAGCCAGGUGUAUAUGCAGUUUCAGUGACUGGCAGACUACCUCCAGUGAGAGAGCUGAAAAGCAGAGGGGUGAUCUACAAAUCCAGAGACACGGCAGUAAAGACGUAAAUCCUGCUGAUUGUCCCCAGAGCUGGAUCAUACUGUUUCACCAUGUCUGUGAUGUCUUGUGGAAAUGUUAAGUUUUUGGAGGUUUUUAAAUUUGGAAAAAAAAAAAACAAAGAUUGCUGACACAUAAGAAAAGGUAGAUAUGUCUUUUUUGUUUGAAUAGUUUACGUGGAAU